AUAUGUCCCUUUUGUAUGCUUAAGCUUAAAGCUUUAAACUGAAGAACGUAGAAAGGUUAAAACUAACAGAAAUGGGUCAUUUUUAAAUGAGCAUCGAUUUAAAUGGAACCUAGGAAGUAAAUCAAGUGUUAUUUAUGGUUUGAUUUUGUACGUCCACACAUGUAUACAUACUGUAUAGUUUUAGUGGCCUCCCCCCCAGAACAUUCCCAACCUAAGGUUUAUUCAGACCACAAGAGGUGCUAAGGUCUCUCCUAGAACAUCCUACCAUUGCCUUGACAAUAAUAAGAGGCAACCCAAGAUUUUAUCCUCCAAUUGACAGCAAUCUGGGCUGGGUUUUAGUAAAGGAAUAGCAGCCUUUACUAGUUGCUGUUGUUGAUGACAGUAGUGCCAUUUGGCCUUCAGUCGCUUACAGGAUAUUGAACUAAAGGUAUUUCAGUUCUGUUAGAAGAUUACAUUAAUUGUCCAGCAGGCUUAUUGUUGCUAAACAAUUUAAAGUCAAUGUGUGUAUAUAUCAAUACACACUUGAAGCAAGGGGUUAAUAGGCCCAAAUGUAGUUAUUUCCCUUACAAAAAGCUGUAUUCAUAAAAAAGAGUUUAUUCUCUUGGAAAUUUUGUAACAAAUGAGACAUUGUUUUCAUUGUUGUAAAUGUUACUUAUUACAGUUCUUUUCAGAGUAAGCAGAGAUAGUGCCAGGCACAACUGAUUUGAAUACAAAUCAAAUACAAGCAAACUACUACUGAUAUAAAUGUGAUGGGUGUUGACAGGCUGUUUAGAUAUGAUUUGUAAUCCUGCUUGUUGUCAGGGAUACAUACCCUACCCCAGGCUUUGCCUGUGGUACUCUAGAUUAAUGUCCAUAACAUCCAAACUGUAGGUUAAUGUAAUCUACCGGUAUCUGUCAGUAAGAUAAAAAAUAAACUAAUGAAGUACAUAUAGAAUGAAGGGAUACAGUAGCAUAUAUAGUAUUGUUAUAUUGUAAAAUGUUUUGUUUGAACAGUUGAGCUGUAAACUGAUUAAUUCUGUUGUUUAUGACUUUGUCUCAGCCAACCCAAGACAAGCUCAUGAACCAUAAGGUUUGCAAUCAGUAACAAAUAAAUUAAAAAGAUGUAAUAAACAGUAAUAAAGCAAGUCAAGGUGUUCCUUGCCUUGAAAGCAUUUCAGCUGCAUGUUGCUAGACACUGCCAUUAGCCGAACAUACAGGAAAUAUACCAACCACAAAACUCAACGACAUGGGAACAAGCAGCACACUCUGUGUCAAGAUUACGCAGCAUGUAAUCGUGACACGCAAGGUUCUGCUUCCUGUUUCUGUUUAAAAUUGCUUGCAUAGUACCAGAGUUAUGUUCUCUUCCAUGUUGUGAGGGAGGUUGGUUCAGAGGAACGAGCACACACCCUAGCUUCACAUCCCCUCCCUGUCCUCCCCCCGCCUGUCCAGUAAGAUGGCAGCUGUCGAACCCCUGACAGUGCUCUCGCGCUGGUACCUCUACGCCAUCCAUGGCUACUUCUGCGAAGUGAUGUUCACGGCUGCCUGGGAAUUUGUAGUUAACUUCAACUGGAAGUUCCCGGGCGUCACCAGUGUCUGGGCCCUCUUCAUCUACGGCACGUCCAUCCUGAUCAUAGAGCGCAUGUACCUGCAGCUCAAGGACCGCUGCCACAUCCUGAUUCGCUGUCUCAUCUAUACACUCUGGACCUACACCUGGGAGUUCCUCACAGGCUUUAUCCUGCUCCAGUUCAAUGCCUGCCCAUGGGACUACACCGAAUUUGACUAUGACUUCAUGGGCCUGAUCACCCUGGAGUACUGCCUGCCCUGGUUCUGUGCUUCCUUCAUCGUCGAGCAGCUCGUCAUCAGAAACACCCUCAGGCUUCGCUUUGACGAGAAGACCGAUCCUGCUGCUGCCGUGGAAACCACUGGAACGGCCAAUGGGUACAUAAAGAAUGACUGAAGCUUUCCCUGUGUGGGAAAAAUGGUCAAUUCAAGUCACCAUUAUAUACAGAGAGCUGAUCUUACAUUAAUUAGACAAUCCAUUUCUGUUUAAAAACAUCCUUGGGGAUGUGGAAUGAAAUUAAAUCGGGUGGUGAUAUCAGAGAGUGACAUAAUCAUAAUUAUAGCCUGUCAGUCAGCUAACAUGAGAAUUAACUUAGCGGUAAAAUAGUGAAGAGGAAUUAAACCAUACUGAUCAUGUAGCUUGAAUUGUUAUGUAAAGUGUGCAUUUUUUAAAUAAAUGCACAUUUGGAAACAGUAUUCCCAAGAAGGGAUAUACGAGGGAACAAUUUUGUCAGCCCCAUGACUACAAUAAGUUUUAAAACAAUACAAAUUGAAUGUUUUAACUUAUUAUCAGGUUAAAAUCUCUUAUUUAUAUAAUGAUAGGAAUAGAAAUCAAGAAUAUUACCAUUUUAACGUUAAUGAAAUUCAUGGAUGAUCUUAAUUAAAUGUAGUGGCACAUUUUAAUAUUUUAAUGCAUGAAAAAUGAAAGAUGCAGUGUUAUCACCCCCUACUCAAAUAUAUAUGUUAUUAGAUUAUUUGAACUACUUUUAUGUAGUUUAUGUACUUUUAUAUAUAUAUAUAUAUAUAAGGAAUUAUUAGUACCCCCACACUAAAAAACAUAUAUUGAUUGAAGAAAUAUUUAAGAAAUAUAUACUGUACUAAACUGUAGUCAAAUAAUACAUACAUGCACCAUCCAUCAGUAAUAGAUUUAUUAUAAUAUGGAAAUGUCAAGACAAAUACAGAAAUGUUUAAUUAAAUAUAAAUAUAGAUUGAAAUACCGUAUAUUUCUAUAUAAAUAGAAAUAUAUUAUUAAAUAGAAGUAAAAAACACUGUCUUACUGAUGAAAUAUCCUACAGUUCCCACACCAAAAAUAUCUAUCCCGGAAUCAUAAACGGAUUAAUCCACUUUAUUAUGUAACACACAUUAGUGUUCUUCAAGCCUAUCCCUUAAGCAGUCCAGGUUUUUGUUUCAAUCAGUACUAACUAUUUGUGUAAGUAUGCAUUGUUUUCCAGCGCACUUAAGACAGCACUUACAGAAAGAUUAAAUAGUGUGUAGCUAGAGUGAUUGCUCUAGUCUACCUGCAUCACCAGACUGCAAUACAAAUUCAAAAACACAACUGGUUGAAACUAAAACCUAGAAUGUUUGAGGUACUUGAGGACUAGGGUUGAAAACUCAUGACCCUACAGUGUGCAACACCCUACAGAACUGGAUGCUGUAUGACAUUUUGUGAUAUUUACUGUUGGCAUCUCAAGAUGUAACUUAUUCACCAUGUAUUGUGUGUGUGUGUGUGUGUGUGUGUGUGUUUGUGUGUGUGUGCAUGCGUGUGUGUGCGUGCGUGUGCGGCUGUGUGUGCGUGCGUGUGCAUGUGUGUGUGCGUGCGCGUGCAUGAGUGUGUGUGUGCCUGUGCGUGCGUGCGUGCGUGCGUGUGUGUGUGUGUGUGCGUGCGUGCGUGCGUGUGUGUGUGUGUGCCUGUGCGUGCGUGUGUGUGUGUGUGCGUGCGUGUUACAGUUGGAAAGAGGUUUCAUGAUCUGCAAACUUGAUUUAACUAAACAAAACGGGCUUCCUUAACAAAACUUUCCCGACAAAGGUUUCCAGACUACGACCUAAUAUAUACUGUGAAGUUCCUAAUAAUACCUCUGGCUACUAAACCAAUAGUACAGGCACCUUGGAGAUGUUGAAACCAGGUCUGUGUCAUUUCAUUUCUUUAAUUUAAUUUAAAGAUUAACUCCCGUAUAAAUGACUCACUUUUGGAAAAAUACGCAGCCUUCUAUUAAAAUGUUCUCAAAGUUUCAAAGUCAUUUAAUUUAUAUGUUUAACAUGUGAAACUCUAUGGUGGUAAAUCCCAGUUAACCUUGUUAACAGCUGGUCCUAUGCCAUAUAGUGCAAUUUACGGAAACCCAAUAGCUAAGGGGCAGUGAAAAUAUCUGCUCCCCCUGACCCCCCCCUCCCCUCCUAAAACUUAAGAAAGGUGUAUUAGUUUGACUUCCUAUCUUGUUAAUUUAAAUUCACCAGCACAUUAUUUUAUUCAAACACAUAUUUUAUUCAAACAAAAGUUCACCUUACAGGGUAAUAUAGCAAUAUUGUCUUUUAUUGUGAAUAAGUGAAUGAAAUGUUUUAAAAUGCAUGACUGGGGUUAGAGGAUGGUAUAAGGGGGACAUGUCACAGUGUUGAGGCUUAUACAACAGUUAGUUAUUGCAUUCAUAAACAGGCUUUGAGUUUUUAUUUGGAAUUUUACAGUACAGUAUUACACAUGACAUAAAUUGAACAAUUAAAAAAGAAAGAAUGAUUAUGGUUAUUAUUACAUUUAUGUAUAAACGUCUGCUUUACAGUGGUGACCUGGUUUCUCAGCCUCUAUUAUCAUAUUGUCACUCAUAUGAAAGUGUCAAGAUGUAGCCUAAUUAUUUGUUGUGUGAGUGCUGGUUGGUAUGAAAAGACAAAUUGGCAUUAACAUGUUAUUACUGUGUAUGAAGAUGUUGUAUUUCAGCUAGGAAUACUUUGGAAAUGAUUGCAGACAUUCAAGAACAAUCUUGGUUAUUCUAAACAUGUGAAUGGAUUUUAAAUAUGCAAUUACAGCAUGUACAGCAAAUUCAUAGAUGUAAUGUCAUUGAAACUCCACUGCAAUGUUUUUGGUUUGGCUUUUCUUUUAAUUGAUCGAGGAAGUUGAUUUAUUAAAUUUCAUUUUAAGAUUUAAGUGCUGCACUUCUACAGUUUGAUGAUGCUACUGGGUUUAUGAGCUUUUAGGUGCAAUAAUAAUAAUAAUAAUAAUAAUAAUAAUAAUAAUAAUAAUAAUAAUAAUAAUAAUAAUAAUAAUAAUUUAAAAAAGCCCAACCAAAGACAUCAUUGGUCACUAGGCUGAAAACUAAUAAAGGACCAUGCAUGAGAAAUUAAAAACUUUAUAGAAAAUUUACUGUAUAACAUGCACUGUUAGUUAAUGAGGAUCUUGAGGCUGUAAUACUCCAAGGAAUAUAUUUGUAAAAUAUUUGAUUAGGACUGUUUUAAAUACAGAUCUUUAAGGAACAAUAUGAGGUAGAAAGAGUAACCAUUUCAAUUUUUGUUCAAUUUAGAGAACCCCCAUCUAUCCCCAGAAAUACUGCGCUGAAGGUACUGUACUUGUCAUUACUGGCCAGUCACUCCUGCUGCUAAACAAAGCCACUCUAAAGUGCAUUGGAUCUACAGUUCUGUAAGAGGGGCUACGUGGCGUAUUAGGAGUGCAUGCGUCUAGGUAUUACUUUAUUACAUGUAGUAGAGUUUUAUUUAUGUGGGGGGGAAGGGAAUAAUUAACCUUAGCCACCUAAAAAAAAAACUGAUAUUGUUCCAUUAAAGAGGCAGCAUGCAUGACCCUGAGAAUGUUUACAGGUCUCUAUCAAUUUAAUUGUGUCAUUUAUCUUUUUUUUCUUUUUUUUUUGCUGGUUACCAGAUCUAUAGAACUAGAUUUUUGUCCCUAGAGGUGUGCAAAUAUAUGGAUAUAGUGGCUAACAUCCCUGUUGUUACAAACAUCCCUGUUGUUUCUAAGGGUGGAAUUCACAACCUUUUUGAUGAAGGAAAAUACUUCAGUCAUGUUUUUGCAAGUAUGAAUACACUGGAGCAAAUAAAACACUGGAGUGAUUUCAAUGUCCAGUUCAAAUGAAUUGGCCCUUAAGUGCACAUUGUACCAUUUUUUGUGAAAGAAAUAUUGUUAAUGUUUUUUUUUUCAUUUGAAGUAGUAAUAGUUUUAGUUUUUUAGGUGAAUGAUUUUUGUGUGUGUGUGUGUGUGUGUGUGUGUGUGCAUGCAAUGUUCCACAGUUGUCUAAUGCAAUAUGGAGUGUACAGGGAAUGUAUAUUUUCUUUUCAGUCAGGAUUUUGUUUAAUGUUUGCACAUGUAGGACACUGUAAAUAGGUAACUGAUAUGCUAUGGUAGUUGAAUGUACGUAUUUAUAUGCUAUGGUUUUGUAGAAAUACUCAGCUCAGUUUCAGGUUUCACAGUGCUGACCUUUUCCACCUUUAGCAUGAAUGUCAAAAUGAAACCUCUGCUUUAUUGUACUUUAGUUUUUUGACAAUAGUUUUAUUUUCUUUCACAAAAAAAGCUAAUUGCAGUAUGCCUUGAUAGAGCUGCCACUGCGCUCUCUUUUAUGUGUUACUGAUAAUUUUUAAUUAGCCUUUUUACUGAGGGUUUAAAAAAAAAAAAAAGUUAUUUCUUUAUGGGUGGGCCCCUUACCGUAGCUCCCUUUGUCUUUACACUGAGAAUGCCAUUGUUUCAUCAAUGUGUUCAAUGUCUUAUAUGCACUUUCUGCACAUCUCUAGUUUGCCAGGUUUCUGUAAUAAAAAAAGGCAGGUUCACUAAUUGAGCACUUUGGUUGUUCCAAUAUCCCAGAAAUACAGGCCUGUCAACCUUAAAUAAUCAAUUUGGGGGAAGCUUACUUACAAAAUAGCAAAAGUCGUGGUGGGUAAGUUGGAGGGAGGAGGUGUCUGCAGCAUUCUCCCACAGAAAAUGUUAAACAUAACAAAUCUGCUCUUACAAAUCCACAAAGUAAAUGGGGUGAAAAAAUAAAAGGCGAGUCCCCCCUCAAAUUGAAAGAAGAUUGAGAGGCUUGGAGCUUGGGCAUUACUUUCAGGUUUGCCGCCCGGGAAUCUGAUUUUUAUAAGACAGUAAAAGCAAUAAACAGGUUUGCAGCAAAAAAAAAAAAAAAAUGAAUAAAAAAUGGAUUUGAUUUUUGAAAUAAUCCAUCACAUUGUUGCUUCCUCAACCUUUGAACCUCAUUAAAUGCAUUCAGAAUAAAAUACCUAUUGUGCAAUUUAAACAUUAAUCCUUAAGGAUCCUGUCUGUCGGUGUUCAUCUUAUAGAUUCCUUGAACACCUGCAUUAUUACAGUACAGGUACAAGCAGCAGACAUUUUCCCAAUAGAAUGUCAUAUUGAAUAUUUACAAGC